AUGUCAAAUUUUAGUUCCGCUUAUAAUGUAACGCCCGCUCUUGUUCGUCCAACUGUUUACAUUCCAAUGGCAACUGAACAGCAUGCCUUUCAUUUACCAUUACGAGAUUCUCGUUCACCAGUUCGUAUCGCAUCCCCAUUCUCCUUUUCUACUUUAUCCGAUCACAACAGACAUGACUUUUUCGAUUCAUCGGUGGAUUAUCUUACACCGAGAUCGGAAUCUUCAAGUCCAUUACCCGAUUCGCACCGACCUCAUUCGACUGUUGUCAUUCAUCAUCAUCCAGUCAGCAAUUAUCAUAAACAAUUCGAAGAUGACAAUGAAAUUACAUCUAAUACUGCUUUAAUGAAACUAAGGCAAAGUAAUAAUCAAUUAUCGGACACAUUAGCAAUGUUAGAUGAUUUAUCAGCAAGAGAAAAGAAUCAUCAUCCUCCUCCUCCUCAUCAUCAUCAUCAAAAUUAUAUUCCUUCUACAUCAUUCAAUGUUCAGUCUCCCGAUUAUUCUAACUAUCCACUUAGUAAACAUCAUACAGACGGAGGUUAUUCAAGUGAGAAUGAUACAAACGACCAACCGAAAAGACAUAAUGCCAAAGUAACUUAUAAUAUUCGAGGAAGAAGACGGGAGCCGUUAUCGAAAUAUGAACAGCUGAUGAUUUCAACUUCUGAUGCAUAUUCAAGUGACGAUCCUGUAACUUAUGAUAUUUAUCCAUCUGGAAGAGGAUUUGUUGAGAUGAGUAAUAAACCAAACAACAGAAACCCGUGGUUAGUAGACGGAAUACAAUUACCAUUAAACCAGUCUAAUACAGAUGUAAGUCCGCCUCGUAAGUCCCAUAGACGGCAUUCAAUGACAAAGUACAAGCCAAAAUCUCCGGAUGGACCAAACUAUAAUGAUAAACCGAUUGGCUCAAGUAUAAAAUUUCCAAAAAGCAGAGAGCAGCCAAAUUAUCGAUCAUCUUUUGUGCAGCCCCCAUAUAUUACGAGUCAAAUAAGGCCUGAUAGUGCUCCAUCUUAUGUGAGUGAUCCACCUCGAAGUCUUUCUUCAUCUAUUGGUGGACCAAUAUGGAAACCAAGCGGAAAACCAAAACAACAAAAAUUUAUGGGCUCCAUUGAUAAUCGAACUAUUUUAGAUCGACCUCCACCAGCACCGGGGAUUUGGAGACCUGGUGGCAAACCACGUCAACAAAAAACAAUAAAAGCAUUUGAUCCGCGAUCAGCUCAAGUUAUCCGAGAACACGAGCCUACUUGGAAUCCAACAUCAAAAAUUAUCACUAAUAAACCAGUUAAAUAUUUUGAUCCGCGAUCAGAUCAAAUUAUUCGAGAACACGAGCCUACCUGGAAUCCAACAUCAAAAACUGUCACUAAUAAACCGGUUAAAUAUUUUGAUCCUCGAUCAAAACCGCGAUCUGUAAAAACCUAUCCAACAACGAUGACAAAAUUUACCGGUGGAAGUCAAUCAGAACUUGUUCAGCCACAAUAUAUUUCGAGUACAAAUAAAAAUGUACCAAAACCAAAAGUGCAAGGAAUGGAUCCAAAAUUGAAAAAACGAAUAUCUUCAGCUGAAAGCAAAGUAAAAUCAGCAUGGGAACCAUCUGCCACACAGACUGGAGUAGUCAAACCACUAGGAGAACGAAAAAAAAUUCCAGAAAGUGAAGAUGGUUCUUCACCAUCAAAAAUACAACCACGCAUCAAACGGCAACCCCCAAGUGUAACAGCAAAGAAAACAAAACCAUUAGAUGUUGAUAUCGGCGAUGAAAAACGUUUGCCAAAACCAACGAUGGUAAAUACAAGAAAUAAACUUAUCGAUACUACGAAUAAGCCAACUAAAGACACAAGAGAACGAACGAAUACGGGAUGGAGUUCGAUUAAUGAUGACCCAAAAGCUUUGACGAAGCCAAUAUUUCAAUCAACACCAAUAAAUCAAAGUCUUGUUGAUCAAGAUUUGUCAGAUCACGAACAAGAUCUUUUGGAUAAUGAUACUCAAACGCCGAAAAGAAACGACGUUAAUGUGAUACCUCAUUCUUCUAUAAAACAAAAGCAAAAAACGAAUCAACCAGAGACUCCAACGGAUGUGAAGGUCGAACAGAUAUUACCAUCUGUUCCGGAGUCCCAUGAGGACACUAAAGAUACAAUAAAAGAUGGUGUUCUCAUACAUGGUAGCGAUCAUUCUGAUCGAGAGAAAACAGAGAAGCCAAUUGUUAUUGAGAAAAAAAUCGAACGAAAAGAUGCUGUGCCCACACCUCCAGAAAGAACACUGACGCCCACAUCAGAACCGGAAGAAGUAAAAGAAGAUGAACUUGUAGAAAAUAAUGAUACAAGUGAAAGAAAUUCAAAAGUCGAUCCACAAGAGAGUCCCAUGAGACGAAAAGAUUUCUUACCCAAAACAUCCGAACAAACAAUUACACCAUCUGAUAAUAAAUCAAUCGUGAAGGAUGACGUAUUGAUUCAUGGAGACAAUGAUAUUGAACCUAGUUCUCCAGACAAAAAUCUUGAUCAAAGUGAUUACGGAAGCAACGCUCGGAUUCACGAAUGGCUCAACGAUCAAUCCAAAGCGCCAAUAACUGAUAAAAAACCGACUGACAGACAAUUAGACAAUAACUCACCGAAUCAAUCGGUUGACGAUGAAACACCUGAACUCACUCCGCACGCAGACGAUAUCUAUAGACCUCCAUUUGGACCUAAAACAUCGACAGCUCGAGAUCAAAUAAACGACAAAGAACAUGAACCACAAUCAGCAUCUACCAAAGCAAAUCAAGUUAAACCAGCAACUCAAGACAAUGUAGACGAUGGUGUAGAUGAUUUUUUUUCUUGA